AUGCCCCUGAAAACGCAAGUAAAUGACAUUUCGAAUCCAGCAAACUCAAAAAGACACACUGGACCUGCGACCUCGUCCAUUUCAGGAAGUCCUCUUCUGAGUAAAGCCCCUCCGCGACAAGAUUCGUCGUACUUCUCCACGCAGCCCGAUAGUGACAACGAGUCAACCAAAGCUGCCGAAGCCAGAGUUCUGACGAUAUAUCGCAAUAAGGUGCGGAGGACAAAAAGGGUAACUUGGGAUAGGAGGGGAGAAUUGACAGAUCUGCGAAAAGCAUUCCAAGAUGUCGCCGAUGCAUUUGUGCAGCAGGUCAACCGAGCCGUGGCGUUCAACAAUAUUCGCGAAGAGCUUGAACCGUAUCAGGAGAGGAUCAGAGAUGCGCAAGACACGCUGGCGGCAGCAGAAAACACAUACGACGAGUUGGAGAAACGGUUAAGGAGGGAGGAGGAUGAGCUCGAGCGGGAAGAAAUUCGCUUUUAUGGAUACUCGGAGUCGCCAACCUCCUCCGACUUGGAUGCCGAUGCUUCACCGAUAAAGGAGACUGAACUGCAGCCGACAACACAUCCUGAAGAUGACCUUAAACAGGUCUAUCUGCAGAAGGUUUCUGAGGCUCAUUACUUGAGAGAAGACCUAGAUAAUCUGGAGGAGGACUACUACCGGUUUUCGACUGAGGCGGAGCUUCGCCAUAAACUCGGAAUUCGUACCUCAGCAGAGACGACCGAGUUUUGUUCCGCCUAUAGACAGAGACAUACCGAUAUCAUUGGAGAACUGGAAAGAGUUGAGACUCAUUUGCCCAGCCUUCGUUUUGAGUGCCUCAAAAGGGGUCUGUUUAACGAAGAUGAGCACAUCUACAAGCCGCACGACGCCUUGUACGAAGAUAUUAUGGAUUCAAUAGAUGAAGCACUUGAGCGCUAUCCUCUUCGGUUAGCUGAGACUCAACGACACCAUCCUCGACGACUGGAUUAUGAGAAUAAGACGGACUAUGUGAACAAUUGGUUGUUGGAUUGGGUAGAGAGCUCGUCGUAUGAGUGCUCAGUUUUGAAGGAAUGGAUAAUUUCCACAUAUCGAACCAGCAUCGGACAUGCUUCCGAGCUAGAUCACCGAUGGAGUGAUUUAGCCUUACAGAAUUGGAACACAGAUUCAGCAGGUAUCGAUGCAAACAAUCACAACAAAGCCAGCAUGCUCGAUGUUAUCACAGGUGAUACAGGAAAGCUCAAUGAGAAAAUAGGAAUCGUCAACGCUUCUAGGUCGAUAUCCACUGGUAGCUCGCUCGAUCUCGAUGACCUUUCGAGGAUUGGUAGUAUUCUCAUGGGCAGUGACGAUGUCCCUUGGGUAAACAGGAAUCCUUCAACUCCUGGCAUUCGGCGAGUGAAGAGGCCUAUCAGCUUUUGGGACUUGGAGUAG